AAAACUUUGACGGGACCAGGACUGCGCGGUCUCGGCCUGCCAUACUUGUCACGUCAUUGCAACCUCCAUCACCCUGCCCUGCCCUGCCCUACCCUGUCCUAUCCUGUCUUGUCUUAUCCCCAUUCCACAGCACUUUCUCUGCUGCUCCCCCAGGCACACCCGCCCAUCGCCACCAUGGCUUGGUACGAUCAGGACAGCUGGCUGACGGCAGCCUUUGCGCCACACCCCACGACCAUAAUCGUCACGCUUCUCGUCGCCCUGUUGCUACCAAUACUAGUGCAUAGCUUUCUCUACAGAAAAGCUGCGGCUGCUGCCCAGCUGCCCACCUUCCUGCUCGUCGGCCCGAGCGGAAGCGGUAAAACGGCUUUUGCGACUCUGGCUGAACGGAGUGCCUCGACCCAGACACACACAUCGACGACCCCCCUGAGCGUCUCCGCCCUGCUCCCAAGCCCCCACACCCCCGCAUCCUCGCACUACCGUUCCCCAGGCGACCCAGCCUACGAACGCUCGCGCAACUUCCGCCUCCUCGACACCCCCGGUCACGGCAAACUGCGCCACCACGCCACCUCGCAACUUGCAGACCCAAAGAACAUCCGCGCCAUCAUCUUCAUGCUCGACGCCGCACAGCUAGCUGACGAAGCUGGUCUCACCGAGGCGGCAGAGUACCUCCACGACGUGCUUCUUUCUCUGCAAAAACGAUACACGAACGCUACAUCGAGCAAAGGGCCCAAGGAAAUCCCCGUGCUUAUUGCAGCGAAUAAAAUGGACCUUUUUACCGCGUUACCGGAGCAUCUGGUUAGAAAUUCGCUUGAAAAGGCUAUUACUGAGAUUAGGAAUAAUAGGGCUAAGGCGCUGAGGGAUGGUGGGGCUGCGCUGAGUGGAGGCGAGGAUGAGGUAGAUGAGGAGAAGGAGUGGCUUGGCGAAGGGGGCGAGGGCGCGUUUAGCUUUGAGCAAAUGGGGGAGAGUAGGACGAGUAUCGAGGUUGUGGGCGGGAAUGUGGUGGGUGGCAAGUCGGGGCCUGGGUUGGAUGGGUGGUGGAAGUGGAUCGCGGAGCAGCUUUGAGCAUUUCAUAUAUUUUUUUGAGAUGUGUGAAAGGAGAUGGGAUUGGGAGGGGUUUUUGCAAUGCGGAGCGUUGAGUAUGCGUUCAUGUAUGUGUAUAUAGAUGGUUAGUUAAUACUGUUAAUUUUCAUCUUCUAGGUGGAUUUACCACUUUUUUUUGCAAGCAGGAAAAAGGCAUUGUUCAAUAUUACUACAAGGUUGCGGAUGUUCCCU